UUAACGCUCGUGUUCUUUCUUUUUCACCGCAAACCAACAACCAUCACUGAUUAAUUGUACUGGAUUCUUCCUUUUUUUCUUUCUGUUUCCUUCACAAACCAGCAACACCUAGCGCACGAUAGCACCAUCUCUUCUGUUUUGCCGUCGUUUAGCGGUUACCGUUUCUGUUACACCACCGUUUAUUAUUCCGUUUUCAAACCCAAACUAACUCUCUGAGAUUUCUCUCUCUCUCUCUCUCUCUCUCUCUCUCUCUCUCUCUCUCUUUCUCUCUCUUUCUGAGCCACACACUCAGAUUCAAAGAGAGAGCUCUGCGAUCUAUUGGAUUCGGAGCUCUCUGUUCAUUGGCUAAUUCCGGCAAGCUGGUAGGUGAAAUUUUGGCAUGUGGGGGCAUUACCGAGAAAACUCCUCAAUGUACAAACGCACUCCUUCAAGAGAUUAUUCAAAUUUGGAAGAUGUGGAAGAUAACUCAGAUCUUUUAGACAACUGCAUGGAUAAGGAAACCUCGAGUCCUUCAUGGAAGCUUUCUUUACCACAUGUACUUGUAGCGACCAUUUCUUCAUUCCUAUUUGGAUACCAUCUAGGAGUAGUUAAUGAACCACUUGAGAGCAUUUCUAUGGAUCUUGGAUUCAGUGGAAAUACCUUGGCAGAAGGUCUGGUGGUGAGCAUAUGUCUUGGUGGUGCCUUAGUUGGCUGUUUACUGAGUGGUUGGAUUGCUGAUGGGGUGGGGCGACGUAGGGCUUUCCAGUUGUCUGCUUUGCCAAUAAUAAUUGGUGCUUCAAUGAGUGCAGCAACAAACAACUUGUUUGGCAUGCUUGUAGGAAGGUUAUUUGUUGGGACUGGGCUGGGAUUGGGUCCUCCUGUUGCCGCUCUGUAUGUGACAGAGGUUUCGCCUGCUUUUGUGCGCGGUACCUAUGGGGCCUUCAUCCAGAUUGCAACAUGCUUUGGUCUAUUGGGGGCUUUAUUUAUUGGAAUCCCUGUCAAAGAAAUUUCUGGAUGGUGGCGGGUUUGUUUCUGGGUAUCUAACAUACCUGCAGCUCUACUUGCUCUGGCUAUGUUCUUCUGUGCUGAGAGUCCACAUUGGUUAUUCAAGCAAGGAAGAAUUACUGAAGCAGAAGCUGAGUUUGAAAGGCUUCUUGGUGUAUCCGAAGCAAAAUUUGCGAUAUCACAGUUAUCCAAGGUAGAUAGAGGAGACGAUACUGAUAGUGUGAAGCUCUCUGAAUUGCUUCGUGGCCAUCAUUCUAAAGUUGUUUUUAUUGGAUCCACCCUAUUUGCUUUACAACAGCUAUCUGGUAUAAAUGCUGUGUUUUAUUUCUCUUCAACUGUUUUUAAAAGAGCUGGAGUGCCAUCGGAUUUUGCAAAUGUCUGCAUAGGCAUGGCUAAUUUGACAGGAUCUAUCAUUUCGAUGGUUUUGAUGGAUAAACUUGGAAGGAAGGUUCUACUCUUUUGGAGUUUCUUUGGCAUGGCGAUAUCAAUGAUCCUUCAAGCCACAGGAGCAAGUUCACUAGUACCAAACCUGGGUGCGCUGUACGUAUCUGUUGGUGGCAUGCUACUGUUUGUCUUUACGUUUGCUCUCGGAGCUGGCCCAGUACCAGGUCUCCUUCUAACAGAAAUCUUUCCUGGUCGAAUCAGAGCCAAGGCCAUGGCAUUCUGUAUGUCCGUGCAUUGGGUGAUAAAUUUCUUUGUUGGGUUACUGUUCUUGCGUUUACUUGAGAAACUUGGUCCACAACUGCUUUACUCUAUGUUUGCUACAUUCUGCAUGACGGCAGUAAUUUUUGUAAAAAGAAAUGUGGUGGAAACCAAAGGAAAAUCACUUCAAGAAAUUGAGAUCGCACUUCUUCCUCAGGAAUAGAUCUUCUUACAAAGUUCCAUUCACUGCAAUAAUUUUGCAUAGGUUUCUCUAUCAUAGUUUCAGCUAUGAGCAGAUUGCAUUUCAUCCAUCUUAGUGCAAGGAGAAGCUCAAGGCAGGAACUAUGCAUUGUUUUAGUGUAACAUUAGUAUGAAUAGGCUUAGUAUAUUCAGAUAGCAAGUGUGAUGGAAUGAAUAUACCUUUGUGGGUUACAGACACUAUACUAGCAUCUCAUGUCUGAGCUCAGAGAUUCCAUGUCCAUGGAUAGGAAAAUCUGUUCAAUGAGAAAAAUAAUGCAGGAAAUCUAUGUUUUCCAUAGUAUUUGUCAACACGUACUGUAUGUAAUGUAAUGUAUUUGUCAAGGACCGUUUCUUUUAUAAAAAAAAAUCAAGGAUUGUAUGAGAUUCUAAGUUCUAA